GCGCCGCCCCUCCCCGCGGCCUGUCUGAAGAGCAUGCAGCCCCCUCACUCCCCGCCUGGCCUCGCCAUCCCUGCCCCCCCAGCCUGACCCCCGGCCCCAGCAUGGCCCAGGGUGCCAUGCGCUUCUGCUCGGAAGGCGACUGCGCCAUCUCCCCACCACGAUGCCCUCGCCGCUGGCUCCCGGAAGGCCCAGUGCCCCAGAGCCCCCCCGCCAGCAUGUAUGGCAGCACAGGCUCUCUGCUUCGGCGAGUAGCAGGUCCAGGUCCCCGAGGCCGGGAACUGGGACGUAUGACAGCACCCUGUACACCUCUGCGUGGGCCCCCCUCACCCCGUGUGGCUCCCUCGCCCUGGGCACCCUCUUCACCCACUGGGCAGCCUCCACCAGGGGCCCGGAGCUCUGUGGUCAUCUUCCGCUUUGUGGAGAAGGCCAGUGUGAGGCCACUGAAUGGGCUACCAGCUCCUGGAGGCUUGAGUCGGAGCUGGGACCUGGGUGGAGUUUCUCCUCCCAGACCCACCCUAGCCCUUGGGCCUGGCUCCAACCGGAAGUUGCGGCUGGAGGCAUCCACAUCAGAUCCCCUCCCAGCUGGACGAAGCUCGGCCCUUCCUGGCAGCCGGGACGCUGUCCAGGGGCCGCCAGUUACAUCCCAGGUUGGGGCAGAUGGCCUCUACUCCUCUCUCCCCAAUGGCCUGGGGGGGGCCCCUGAGCACCUGGCCACGCUCUUCCGAGGACCUGCUGACACUGGAUUCCUGAACCAGGGAGACACCUGGCCCUCCCCUUGGGAAGCCUCCUCUCGUGCCCAGAGAAUCGCUCGAGCCAAAUGGGAAUUCUUCUAUGGCUCCUUGGACCCCCCCAGCUCAGUGGCAGCGAAACGCCUCUGAACCCACUGGUGUCUGACUCGGACUCAGAGCUGGACAGCACAGAGCGGCUGGCUCUGGGGAGCACAGACACCUUGUCCAACGGGCAGAAAGCGGAUCUGGAGGCCGCGCAGCGCCUAGCCAAGAGGCUGUACCGACUAGACGGCUUCAGGAAGGCCGACGUGGCCCGGCACCUUGGCAAGAACAAUGACUUCAGCAAACUGGUGGCUGGCGAGUACCUCAAGUUCUUUGUCUUCACGGGCAUGACGCUGGAUCAGGCUCUCAGGGUGUUUCUGAAAGAGCUGGCCUUAAUGGGUGAGACCCAGGAACGGGAGCGUGUGCUGGCCCACUUCUCCCAGCGAUACUUCCAGUGCAAUCCGGAAGCCCUGUCUUCAGAGGACGGCGCCCACACGCUGACCUGCGCCCUCAUGCUACUCAACACCGAUCUCCAUGGUCACAACAUCGGGAAACGCAUGACCUGCGGAGACUUCAUCGGGAACCUGGAGGGCCUCAACGACGGAGGCGACUUCCCCAGGGAGCUGCUCAAGGCCUUAUACAGCUCCAUCAAGAAUGAAAAGUUGCAGUGGGCCAUAGACGAGGAGGAGCUGAGACGCUCUCUGUCUGAGUUGGCCGACCCCAACCCCAAGGUCAUCAAGCGGGUCAGCGGGGGCAGCGGCAGCAGCUCCAGCCCUUUCCUGGACUUGACUCCCGAGCCGGGCGCUGCUGUCUACAAGCACGGGGCCCUGGUGCGAAAGGUGCACGCAGACCCUGACUGCAGGAAGACACCUCGGGGCAAGCGGGGCUGGAAGAGCUUCCACGGAAUCCUCAAGGGCAUGAUCCUCUACCUGCAGAAGGAGGAGUACCAGCCUGGCAAGGCCCUUUCAGAGGUGGAGCUCAAGAAUGCCAUCAGCAUCCACCACGCCCUGGCCACCCGCGCCAGUGACUACAGCAAGAGGCCCCACGUCUUCUACCUGCGCACAGCGGACUGGCGAGUCUUCCUCUUUCAGGCCCCGAGCCUGGAGCAGAUGCAGUCCUGGAUCACUCGCAUCAAUGUGGUGGCCGCCAUGUUCUCUGCACCUCCCUUCCCAGCUGCUGUUAGCUCCCAGAAAAAGUUCAGCCGCCCCCUGCUGCCCAGCGCUGCCACCCGCCUCUCCCAGGAGGAGCAGGUGCGGACCCACGAGGCCAAGCUGAAGGCCAUGGCAAGUGAGUUGCGGGAGCACCGGGCUGCCCUGCAGGGCAAGAAAGCCCGCGGCAAGGAGGCUGAAGAGCAGCGGCAGAAGGAGGCCUACCUGGAGUUUGAGAAAUCCCGUUACGGCACCUACGCUGCGCUGCUUCGGAUCAAGCUGAAGGCAGCGUGCGAAGAGCUGGAUGCGGUCGAGGCAGCGCUGGCCCAGGCUGGGUGCGCCGAGGACGGACUCCCUCCUUCUCACUCCAGUCCCUCCCUGCAGCCCAACCCUUCCAGCCAGCCCCGGGCUCAGCGUCACGGCUCUGAGCCUCGGGCAGGGGCAGGCAGUGGGCGGUGGAAGCCCUGAGCUGGGGGUGGGAGCGUUGUGGGGGGGCGGUGCCUGCUGGGCACCUGCAUGACAUGGCCCUGCCUGAGCCCGGGCCGGCCGCGGGCCACCCGUGCAGGCCUCCUGGCCCAGGGCCCGACCGCGCCGGACGCGGUGUCCGGGGCAGGGCAGGGCUGGGGCAUGGGCCUCAGGAGCCAAGUCUGAGGGCCCCUCCGAACCCCCUUUUUGUGAUAAUGUUUUGCACUUUUUCGUACAGGGUGGGUGGGGGUGGGAGGGUCCAAUGCCCUUGAACUUUUGAUGCUUUUUUUUUUUUUUUUGUGGGGGAGGCCUGACGAUGUUUCUGCUUUCUGCUGAGACUACCCCCACCCUGACACCAGCAGUCCCCCUCCGUCCUGGGGUCUGGCUCAGGCAGAGGCCAGGAGUGGGGCUGAGCUGGUUCCCCCCCUUCCUCCCCAAGGGCUCACCCUCUUUCCAGAGGUGGAGGAAGGGAGUCCGCGCCAAGGCCCUGUUCAUGGGCUCGGGCAGCCCGGCCUGCUCCCCCUCCUGCCAGUGGGCCCUGCCCUUUGUACAGCCUCCGCCCCCAUUAAAACUGCUCGGAAUUGCUGGC